GGAAGAUGCAAUAAAUGAUCACCUGAGACAGCACUUUUGUUUGGAAAUUGAAAGACUGGUGCCAACUUUCUCACUCCACCUCUUCUAGCUGGAAACACAGGAGGGGUCUGAAGAACGUGAUCAAUAUUGAAGCUUGACAUCUUUAAAAGACCCUCAAAACUCAACACCUGCACACAAUAACCCUGAAUACUCACAGGUCGUUGAUAAGAUGAAGGCCAUGCAGGUGAUUUCCCUGACUCUGCUGUCUGUGCUGGCAGUGAGCGCUGAGGUGCUGAGGUUUGGCAGAUGUCCCAAACCUGCAGUUCAGGCCGACUUUAACUCCUCCAUGUACAUUGGUAAGUGGUAUGAGAUCAUGAAGCUGCCAACAUUCUUCCAGAAAGGCGAGUGCGGCACCGCCACCUACAGCGCCAAGAGCCCCGGGGUCAUCGGGGUCCUCAACAGUGAGCUGCUUGCUGAUGGAUCUACUAACUCUAUCCUCGGAUCUGCUAAGGUGAAGGACCCCGCGGAGCCCGCCAAGCUGGAGGUCUCCUUCAAUGCUUCUCCCCCUGGUCCUUACUGGGUGCUCUCCACAGACUACGAGGGUCACUCUCUGGUCUACGGCUGCAGAGACUACGGCAUCUUCCGCAUGGAGUUUUCCUGGAUCCUGAGCCGAGAGCCCACCAUCCCUGAGGAGACCGUGGAGGAGCUGCACGGCAUCCUGUCCUCCAUCGGAGUCGAUGUGAGCAAGAUGGUCCCGACCAACCAGGACGAGGCUUUCUGCAGCGCCAUGAGCCAGUAAAAAGCUUCUGUUUCAGCCUCUACAGGAAUAUGGGAAUAGAUUCAUGA